UGCCGUUCUUUUGCCAUUUUAAGGGCGAUAAAACGAUCAGUCUUUAGUCAAAACAUAAUAGAACAGACGAACAGGACGCACCUGCCAUAAAAGAACAUUUUAAUCAAAACAUUUUAUAACAGACAACCAGGACGCACAUUUCAUGGGUUUCGCUAGAGCAUCAAUUGUUUCUCCAUCAAAAUUUGAAAUGCACUAGUCUGAUCUCUUCUCCGAUGCAAAAUCUCGAAUCAUUGGCGUGCAAUCCCCAACUUCGGCACUAUUUUUGAUAAAUUUGGCCAGGGAACAAAGUUUCUAGGCCAAUAUGAAAGGGCUUUACAGUGUUUUCUAUAUAUUUUGUUUGGGAUUAAUUACUCUGGCCAGAUCGGCCCAAAACAAUAUUAAUACUCUAGGAAUACCUCCACAAGAGGUGAAAUACUUUUCAUCCGCGCGAAUAAAUUGUAAGGAUGGCUCCAAGGCGUUUCCCCGGGACCAAUUGAAUGAUGAUUUCUGUGAUUGUCCAGAUGGAACAGACGAACCAGGGACGUCAGCCUGUCCAGAAGGAAAAUUUUACUGUCAAAAUUCUGGACAUAUGCCAGUCAUAUUGUUCUCAUCUCGUGUGAAUGAUGGCAUUUGUGACUGCUGUGAUGGGAGUGAUGAGUAUGAUGGCAAAGUGAAGUGUUCAAAUACUUGCUGGGAGGCUGGAAAAGCAACAAGAGAGAAGCUUAAAAAAAGGUUAGCAACAUUCAAAGAAGGGUUUGCAAUUUGGAAGCAGGAGAUAGAGCAUGCAAAGCAGCUGAUGGCAAAAGAGAAAGCUGAAUUAGCAUCAUUGAAACAGGAAGAGAAGAAACUAAAGGUUGCCGUUGAGAAGCUUAAAGAAACUAAAGAAGCUAUAGAAAAGGCAGAGGAGGAGGAACGGUUGAAAAGAGAAAAAGAGGAACAGAGAAUAAGAGAUGCAGAAAAAAAGGCAAAGGACCAGGAAGCAUCACAAUCAUUAGAAAGCUCGAGUGAAGAUUCCCAUCAUCUUUCUAAGGAGGUGUCAGAAUCAUUUGAGCAGGAUGGAAAUCAGGACAAGGAGAAUCAUGUAGGAACAGAACAAGGUGUUGACACAGAAAACACCAAUGGUGAAAUUUUAUUGGACAGAACAAAGGAAGAGGAUAGAGAUGAGGACAAUGAGAAUCAUGUAGAAAUGGAACAAGGAAUUGAUACAGAAAAUACCCAUGGUGAAACUUUACAAGACAGGUUACAUGAAGAGGGCGAUAAAAAGCUAGAUAACACAGAGGGGCUUUCAGGAGCAGAAUUAGGCAGGCUUGUAGCUUCUCGUUGGACACGUGAAGAUACAGACCAGAAAGUGGAAAAUCAUGACGAACAUGACGAACAUGAUGAAAAUGAUGAAUAUGAUGAAAGCGAUGAAAAGAUGGACAAUAAGGAUGGCAAACACCAUGAAGAGUAUGAGGACUAUUCUUCUGAAGAUGAGGAAGUUGAAAAGGAAAAUGAGGAUGAAUAUGAUGAAUCAGAAAACAAAUAUGAUGAAGAGGAGAACACUGAGGAUUACUCAGAGGCAGCAUAUUCUCCAGAACUAUCAACGUCGGCUACCCUUUCCUGGUGGGGUAAACUUUGGCAAAGUUUCCAAUCCAUUUUGAGAGCAGUUAAGCUAUCAAGGGUUUCAGUAGACAUGUCAGAAGCUGCCCGUGUCCGGAAGGAUUACAAUGAUCUAAGUCACAAGCUAUCGAAAAUGCAAUCACGGAUUUCUAAAUUGGAAAACAAGUUCAAGCAAGAAUAUGGCAACGAGGGGGAGUUUUACACAUUUUAUGAUCAAUGUUUUGAACACAAAGAAAACAAGUAUGUUUACAAGAUAUGCCCAUACAAGCAAGCUUCUCAGGUGGAAGGCCAUAGUACUACCACCCUAGGACGCUGGGGAGGAUUCAAAGAUUCAUACAAAAUCAUGGAGUUCUCAAACGGUGAUAAGUGUUGGAGUGGUCCAGAUAGAAGUUUGACGAUCAGGCUGAAGUGUGGUUUGAAGAAUGAGCUUAUUGAUGUCAAUGAGCCAAGUCGAUGCGAGUAUGUUGCAAGCCUCUUAACUCCAGCACUGUGUCUAGAAGAAAGAAUAAAGGAUCUUCAAAAACGUCUCGAUUCAUUAAACCAGGAGAUUCAAGAUCAUGAUGAACUAUAAGAUGGCAUGCUUGAGUUUUUGCAAUCAUGGAUUAGAUCAUUAACUGUUGACAUGCAGGGAUAUUCAUCUCCAUAGACUUUCCUUUUCUAAAGGCAGUGAAAGGUGUAAUUGCUCCUGAAAAUUUUGCUGCAGAGUUUUUUUAAUACUGUAGAUUAAGCCCACGAUAAAUUUUUUGGAAAAUUUAGGCUGCCAUUCUUGUGGAUUUUAGCAAUAGAAACAAGGUGCUGCAACUUCCCGGGCUGGUAAUAGAAGUUAUACCAGUCUGUGGAGUCCCCUUCCGAAAUGAAGCAGCCAGUAAGCUGGUGGCUGUAGCAUUCUGUCGGUGUAGAAUAGCAGUCUAUCUAAAUGUUCGGUUGUCAACUAUAAGAAUAUGCUGAUAUUUCAUACAUGGGGAUAAGUUUUAUCUUCUCGAUCUAGUCAGCUUUUUGGCAUUCUUACAUUAUUGUUUUGAUUGUUAUAUGAAAGGAAUGUACUAUGCAGUAUGAUUUGUUUUAUUUUUGCCACAAAAAAUUGGGAUUUUAUGGAACGGAAACCUUUUUGUCUA